AUGCUGCACGCUGUUAUGCUAGGUAGCGGUCCAGGACGGGGGAGACGCGAGUGGUAUCCAGGAUUUUAUCUUCAACGUCGUCGUAUCGGCUGCAGGAUGAAUCGCGGCGAGCAGGAGACGCUCUUUCGGCAGAGUCGGCAGAUCACGCGGAUUGUACCCCCCCGCGAGGACCUCGUUUUGAGCGUUCUCAAGUCGCCGAUCAAUCAACAGCAACAGCAGCAACAGCAACACCAGCAACAGCAACAGCAGCAACAGCAGCAACAGCAGCAACAGCAACAGCAACAACAGCAACAACGACAGCAGUUUCGGCAUCCGUAUCAGUCACAAAGCCAGAGUCACUUUAACUGCCAAAGUCAUCCAAAUAAUAAGAAGUGCAAUCAUUCAGGUGACGCGUACAACAACGAGAGUCUUCCACGAAGCAAGGACCAAUGCUCUAGGCACGCGGAAAAGCGGUGCAGCGCCACGGCCGCCUACGCUGCCCUUCAAGGCAGCGAGGACGAGCUCGUGGCCGAGCAGGGCCUCGAGACGGAGGACACCGCGUUGAAGACGCCCGGCAGUGAGACCGAAGACACCGAGGACAACGGGGCGAACGCGGAGGACGCGCCGUCGUCGCCGGCGCGCCGUUUCACCUUCCUACGUCGCUUCCGUUCGCCACGCUUCGGCGAAGCUCACCACAAACGGGUGCCGACGCCCAUGAAGCGGAAGUAUCGGCGUAAAAAGAGCAAAGAGGACAUCAUCGAGAAUGACGUGGUUGGCGGCGAGGACGAGGGGGAACCGCCGAGUCCCAAUCAGACCGGCUUGCCCGAUCCGUACUAUCCGAUCUUCCUGCCAAUCGAUCAGGCCUUCAAGGCCAAGUACGUGUUUCAUCAUAAGAGGGGAAAGACCUUCCAGGAGCGGCUCUACGUGUUUCUCGAGCAUCCCGGCGGUUGGCUGUGUUUCGUCUACCAUUUCACUGUGUUCAUGGUGGUAUUGGUGUGCCUCAUAUUUAGCGUUUUGUCAACGAUAGACCAAUACAGUAAUUUCGCAAACGAAACUCUGUUUUGGAUGGAAAUAUGUCUCGUGGUAUUCUUCGGGGUCGAGUACAUGGUUCGAUUAUGGAGCGCAGGCUGCAGAUCGAAGUACAUGGGUUGCUGCGGACGGCUGCGAUUCAUACGGAAACCGAUUUGUAUCAUAGAUUUAAUCGUUGUGGUAGCGUCCAUGGUAGUUUUGUCGGUGGGAAGCAACGGUCAGGUAUUCGCCACUUCUGCUAUCAGGGGUAUUCGAUUUUUGCAAAUUCUUCGAAUGCUUCAUGUCGAUCGUCAGGGUGGCACGUGGCGGCUCUUGGGCUCCGUGGUUUUCAUACAUCGUCAGGAGCUGAUCACAACGCUGUACAUUGGAUUCUUGGGCCUCAUUUUCAGCAGUUACUUCGUGUACCUUGCCGAAAAAGAUGCAGUCGGACCCGACGGCAAAACAGACUUCUCCAGUUACGCCGAUGCGCUGUGGUGGGGAGUGAUCACAGUAACGACGAUAGGUUAUGGUGAUACGGUCCCGCAAACGUGGAUGGGAAAAAUUGUGGCUUCAUGUUUCAGCGUGUUUGCCAUAUCCUUUUUCGCACUUCCAGCUGGUAUCCUAGGUUCCGGCUUCGCGUUGAAAGUACAGCAGAAACAACGGCAGAAGCAUUUCAAUCGACAGAUACCGGCUGCCGCGAUGUUAAUACAAUGCCUGUGGAGGUGCUACGCCGCCGACAAGGCCAUCAACAGCGUCGCCACGUGGAAUAUCUACAUCAAGGACCCGGCACCGGCCGGCCAGCCCUCGACGCCCCUUGGCAAGUUGAUUUGUGUAAAGAAGAUGUCUCUGAUGAUCCAGGUGGCAAAGAAGGCGAGUGUGCUGAAGAGGCGGAAGUCGCGGAAUCGGAUGGAUGGCCAGCAACAGCAGCAACAGCAACAGCCGACCCUGCCGCCCGUCACGAUAUCCGGCGGCAUAUCAGCCGGCGCCGGAACCGGCCAGAACGACAAUCAACGCCUCGAGAACGAGGGGGACGUGGUGUUUUACAUGGAGGAACCUAAAGCGGGCACGCCGAAUCGCGCCAGACGCGACAAUCGCGUGUUUCCGAUUGGCAGGGGAAGCCUCUUCACUUCGCAGACGAGCUCGGUGACGGAGGCAACUAGCGAUGAAAUUGACAUCGACAUCGAGGAACCGCAAAGAGUCACCACGCUGACAGAAACACACCGAAAUGCUAUCCGGGCAAUCAGAAAGAUCAAAUACUUCGUGGCUCGCAGAAAGUUUCAACAGGCUCGGAAACCAUACGAUGUGCGUGACGUCAUUGAACAAUAUAGCCAAGGUCACUUAAACAUGAUGGUGCGGAUUAAGGAGUUGCAGAGGAGAUUGGAUCAGACCCUGGGUAAACCGGGGAGUUACCUGGCGGGAAUCGACCGGGCAGGCAAUGUGAAACCCAUGACGAUUGGUGCGCGUUUAUAUCGAGUGGAGCAGCAACUGUCGGUGAUGGACAAGAAGCUGGAGCAGUUGAUGUAUGUGCUAAACGCGUUAGCACAGAAACAACAGAUACCUCUGCGUAGUAUAGAAGAUGAUGUGUAACAGAGAGCCCCCGGCGAACUCGUGCAAUUUGUUUUGCCAUCAUCCGCAUUUCCACGGACCUUGCCACGCGUUACCAUAACUACAGUGACACCGAAUAUGCUCAGCGAGAGCUUUUAACGUGAAAGAUACAUAUGUAUGUAUUAUAUAUCACGCGCCCAAUAGUAUCACGAAAGUACAAACGUUGUUAAAGCUACUUGGUUCUAUUCGCCUGAAAAGACUCACGGAUGACGCUGAAGAGACCCCACGACGUGGUCGAAGAGAUUGCGGGAAUUAACGGUAAUCUCGACGAUUUUUGUAAAUUCCACUGGGACCACAGAAGUCCACGCUUGCAUAUCUUUGUAACAAUAAUUCGGUGGAACGACGUAUCGAUGAUAAAAUCGUCGUUAUAUAUCGCUACUUGUAUAUAUCUCGGCGGGAGAUAUAAUGAGAGGUGACAGAGACCAUGUUGCCGACUCGAGAGACUGCGAGAGGAGCCUUUGAGCGUAAACGUUUUGACAACAAAGUCAAACGUACAGGAUGAUGCAUAAGCAACGAGGCGCGGAAUCGAGAGAUAGAAGUUGCGGCGCAAUUCUCCCCGCAGUUGCGCUUUGUAGAAUCGAAGACGGAGGCACGCGAGAUACCGUACGUCGUAACUAAGGAAGGGCUGUGUAAGAAAUACAUUAUUCAUCGCGAGGAGUGAUCUCGCGGAGGGAGAUCGAUCUUAUCGUAGGGAAGAAAAAAAGGAUAUCUCUCUCUCUC